UUAUGUUGCGAUAUAACAUACUGUGACGUAGAACAGAUUAUCGAAUCGUGAAAUGGUCGUAGUAAAUUCGAUCAAUAAGGAGGCCAGUACAGGUACAGGUACAACGAGUAUCAAGGGAACAUGGCUGCUAUGCUGUUAAAAAGUUUGCACACUCUGGAAUCUCUAGAUGAACCAACUGCAAAAUGGAACAUUCCCUUGAGCGAUGGAAAUCACGUAAUAGAAUUCGAACACGGUACUGCAACAGGCCGUCGAUUAGUGAGGAUAGAUGGCAAAGAAAUAGUUCACAGAGACUGGAUGUUUCAUUUAGUUGGAGACGAAAUUUUCAGCUUCAACGAUAAUAAAUUCGUAAUUAGAAUUGAUCCAAUCCCAGGUUUAAAAUACUCUUACUCGUUGUGGGUGAAUGGGAAACCUUAUAAGAACUUCGUGCGAUCGCAGUCAAAAAUCUUGGACAGCUGGUUGGCUAAUGUUGGAAAUGAAGAAUAUAGAAUAGUCCUAGAUAAACAAACGCAGAAUGUUUGGGUAAAUGGCGAACAAAUCGAGACUGAGAAUGAAUUCACCGAUGGUGGUGCAGAAAUCUUAUUCUCGGUAGGGGAUCUUCCAGCAGCAAUUAGAACGUACAGUUCUGGACAGAGGAACAUUGGGAUAGUGUACUCUUUAUACAUCGACGAAAUGGAAAUUGAGAAAGAGAAAUUUCUCAAAGAAAAUGAAGAAACGUAGCCCAAUAUAUGAUGGACCAUUUCUACACUGUGUUCUUGUUGCUUCACCUGCCACGAAAAUUUGUUAUACACUUUGUACAACGAAUCACCAUGCAUUAAAAUCACUAUACGAAAUUUACAAUUAAAUGAAUAUUAUUUGAACAUAGCGAGAGAAUCUAUUUAUGCAGUUGCAUUCAGGCCAUGAAAAAAAGAAAAAAAAUUCUAACCCGUCCACAUCCCAUUCUUGUUACUUACCGAAACGAAUAAACGAAAUAGUCGUAAUGUCACUUCGAGAGAGCAUAUUCAGUAUCGGAUCACGAAUGAUCCAUAGAAGUGAUGAUGAUAUAAAUUUUGAUGGUGCGUGUCAAUCAAAUACGUACCGUGAACCACUUUUAACUUGAACGACUAUAGUUCUCCUAAUCUUCGGUUAUAGUCAUGACUCUCGAUGAGUUGCAAGAAAUGCAGAAUGACCUCUUGCAAAAAAUCUGGAUGCUGACUCUAGAAAACGACGUGUACGAAAGAUACCUGACCCGACAAGAUCCUCAGGGCCUCAAAAGUAAAGAGUACAAUCUACAAUCUAAUUUAUUAAUUUCGAACAAAUCUAUUAUCUACAAGAUAGACAAAAUUUACAAAUCGAUUGAAAUUUUUAUUAAGCUAUAAAGAACAUCUUAGAAAGGGCAAAAAUCACACGACGAGUCACACAACAUAUGAUACCGAGAACAUCGCGUAUAAGCUU